AGUGACGCCGCGUGCACCUUCCCCCUCCCGGCAGCGGCGGCGGAGCCGGGCGCGGCUGGCGGUCGGCCCGAGGCGCGGCCGGGCGGGAUCAUGGCGGACGGCGUGGACCACAUCGAUAUCUACGCCGAUGUGGGCGAGGAGUUCAACCAGGAAGCUGAAUAUGGUGGGCAUGAUCAGAUUGAUUUGUAUGAUGACGUAAUCUCUCCAUCUGCGAAUAAUGGAGAUGCCCCAGAAGAUCGUGACUACAUGGAUUCUCUCCCACCUUCAGUUGGAGACGAUGUAGGUAAAGGAGCUGCACCAAAUGUUGUCUACACGUAUACUGGAAAGAGAAUUGCCUUGUACAUUGGAAACCUUACUUGGUGGACGACAGAUGAAGACUUAACUGAAGCGGUUCAUUCAUUAGGGGUAAAUGAUAUUUUGGAGAUAAAGUUUUUUGAAAACCGUGCUAAUGGCCAAUCUAAAGGGUUUGCCCUUGUGGGUGUGGGAUCGGAAGCAUCCUCCAAAAAGUUGAUGGAUUUGUUGCCUAAAAGAGAACUGCAUGGGCAGAAUCCUGUUGUGACUCCUUGUAAUAAACAAUUUCUGAGUCAGUUUGAAAUGCAGUCAAGGAAAACCACACAGUCUGGCCAGAUGUCUGGGGAAGGUAAAGCUGGUCCUCCAGGAGGAAGCUCAAGAGCAGCAUUUCCACCUAGUAAUAGAGGGCGAGGCCGUUUCCCAGGUGCCAUUCCAGGUGGAGACAGAUUCCCUGGACCAGCAGGGCCAGGAGGGCCACCACCACCGUUCCCAGCUGGACAAACUCCCCCACGUCCACCCUUAGGCCCUCCUGGUCCACCAGGCCCACCAGGCCCCCCACCUCCUGGUCAGGUCCUCCCACCUCCUUUAGCUGGACCUCCUAAUCGUGGUGACCGCCCACCACCACCAGUUCUGUUUCCAGGACAGCCUUUUGGUCAGCCUCCUCUUGGGCCACUUCCUCCAGGCCCUCCACCUCCAGUUCCAGGCUAUGGGCCGCCACCGGGUCCGCCACCACCUCAGCAGGGUCCACCUCCACCUCCGGGUCCAUUUCCCCCUCGUCCACCCGGCCCUCUCGGGCCACCCCUGACUCUCGCUCCUCCUCCACAUCUCCCCGGGCCACCUCCAGGUGCUCCACCUCCUGCACCACAUGUGAACCCAGCUUUCUUCCCCCCACCUGCCAAUAGUGGCAUACCUACUUCAGACAGCCGUGGCCCACCUCCAACAGAUCCAUAUGGCCGACCUCCACCAUAUGACAGAGGUGACUAUGGGCCACCUGGAAGGCGUUUCACUGGAAAUAACAUGUCCAUAAGAGAAAAAUUACAUAUUCCAUUCUAUGGGAGGCACACGAAAAAUAAUACUCAAAACUCAGGGAGAGAGAUGGAUGCUGCAAGGACACCUCUAAGUGAAGCAGAAUUUGAAGAAAUCAUGAACAGAAAUAGGGCAAUCUCGAGCAGUGCCAUUUCAAGAGCUGUAUCAGAUGCCAGUGCUGGGGACUAUGGAAGUGCUAUAGAGACCCUGGUAACUGCAAUUUCCUUAAUUAAACAGUCCAAAGUAUCUGCUGAUGAUCGUUGUAAAGUACUUAUUAGCUCUCUUCAAGACUGCCUUCAUGGAAUCGAAUCCAAGUCCUAUGGUUCUGGAUCCAGAAGACGUGAACGAUCCAGGGAGAGGGACCACAGUAGGUCACGAGAAAAAAGUAGACGCCAUAAAUCACGUAGCAGAGAUCGUCACGAUGACUAUUAUCGGGAAAGAAGCCGAGAAAGAGAGAGACAUCGUGAUCGUGAUAGAGAUCGUGACCGAGAACGAGACAGAGAGAGAGAAUAUCGCCAUCGCUAAAGAAGCAUCUGAAAUGAACUUAGGUAAGUAAUGACAGGUAACUGGCCUUGGGAGGGAGAAUUGAUGUGAUUUCUUCUGCAGCUGGCGUGCCUUUUUAAUUUUAGAUGGUAGUAAUGUUUGCAAUUUUUGUCAAGUGCAGUUGAAUUAAUUCUUAACGAGCAGUAAGCCAGGCUGGUAAUUCUGCUCUCUUAUAAUCCUAAAAGGUUUGUGUUUGUGUUUUUCAUUUGUAUUAUAAAAGAAAAAAAAGUCUACUGCAGCAAUUAGACCCUUGUAUAUCAUGUAAGUAUUACUUCAAUGUAGGGAACACAAGUACAUGGUGGUGCUGUCCUUACACAGGUAGAUAUUUUUUUGUUUGUUUCAGUAAGUAUUACUCAAAUUCAGGAAAUGUAGCUGGGUUUUGGACCUUAUUGUAAAAAAUGUGGCCUCUCACUUUUUUCUGUCUGCUAGCUAAAUUUAGGUGUUAUUGCCAAUAAGAUUUAUGGUCAGCUUCUCUUCAUCACCCUGCUUUGUCAUUUCCUCCCUCCUCUGAACAGUAAACUCAUUUUCUGAAGACUAGUAAAUGAGUGUGUGAUGCGAGGAUUGGUUCUUAUUAUUCACAUACUAAAAUGUUAUUUCAUUUCAUGUAUCUACAGUCUUGCAUGCAUCAAAUGUCUCAACAGCUACCAAGUAACAGGUUAAAUAAUGCUUUCUUUAGUGUGCUGCUAAAAGCUUUAAAAUUUAUGUGAACAUUCACCUUUAAUGUACUGUGUUGAGGACUGGUAAUCCGAGCUGCUCACGAUUCCUUAUAUUUGGCAAUUAGGGGGAAAGAAGAACCCUAUGUAUUAUUUUUGCUGCAAAAGUCUUUUCCAUUUUUAGAAGAAUUUCCCACUCCACCUACACUCAAAUUGAGACCCAGCAGACUUUGCCUGUCUGCCCAGCUUCCAUUUCUUAUGUCUUCUCUCAGGUUUAGUUUCCAGAUUUUCUUGUGAUGUUUAUUCAUGUGAGCUAAUUUGCAGAAGUUAAACAGAGCAAAACUCAUUAGAAAUCCUGUAAACUGUAAUUUACUCCUAAGUGGAAGCAUUCCUAUAAUUUUACAUUAUUUGAAUGUCUUAUUUUACAUACUAGGCUUUUGUGUCACCAAGAGAACCAAUUCAAUUCUGUAGUCUACUAAUUAUUAAGUGGCGUGCUGGGUUAUUUGUUUGGACUAGAUGAUCUUAGGGGUCUUUUCCAACCUUGAUGAUGUUAUAUUCUAGAAAAGCAGUAAUGUGCCUUGAGAUGGAGAGUCAAAGGCUUAAGUAGAGAAGAGAAAUGUGGCAACUGAAAUAAAGUUGGCUGUAGUAUCUAUCUGUUAAUGCCACUUUUUGUCAUCAAAAACGGAUUGGUAGAAAUCAUUCUGGAGUUGCAUAAAAAUAGCAACUGUGGUUUUUAAUUGUGAAAUGUCAAAGCUUAAAUAUACAGAUUUAACAGAAGUAAAUGCAGUUUCUUUUGUUGAGCUGUAUUUUGCCCUUUUAUCAUGAAUUACUAUUUGUGAUAUUUGCAAAUAGUUCUUAUUACUAGGAGGUAACCACUGAACUGAAUGAUGGAUGUACUUCCAGAGUUGGUUUUGGUGUUGGUUUUUUUUUUUAAUUCUUUUGGAGUUGAGCAAGUUAUACUAAAAAUUGUUAAUCUGGGGUUUGGCGACUAUUUUUUUUGUCCUUGACGUACUUUGUUAAUACAAUUUUUGUGUAUUUAGACUAUUGUAUAUACUUAUGUGGAGUUUCUGUGCCAAGUACAGAUUCCCUACCCCAACAAAACAUGUCCAAUACCUUUAGGCUGCAUUUUGUAAUAUCUAAAAAAAAAAAAAAAUUCAAAAUUACAUUUAGUCUUAUCAUGGGAUCGGACUCAGUUCAGGUGGGAUUUGUAUAUGCAACUUCCUUUGGCUUCGUUGUGUGCUGGGAGCUCUUUACAGAGGAGUUGCAUAGGUAAGAUUCCCUUGCACAAAGAAUAUAUAUAGGUUCUAAGAGCUUGAUUUAAAGAACAAAUUAAAUGUUCCACAUCUAAAUGAAGAUGUUUAAUAUUUUUUUUAGAAGUUAAGUUGUAAACAUUUUGUCUUGUUUCUGUCUAAAUGAAGAGGGGUUUUACUGUAGUUUUGUUUAUAUAUAUGCAUAUAUACAUAUACAUAUAUAUACACACACACACAAAGUGCAGUGAUCUUUUGGUUUGUAUGUUUCACUUUCACCAAGAUGUAUGUUGCCAUACAUUUUUUUUGUUGUUUUGCUCUUUACAUUAGUUAAUUUUCAUAAACAGAUUUAACAAUCUCAGUCACUUAAUAAACAUCAGCAGUGCUGAAGAGUCACUCCCCACAUUACUGUGUUUUACCAAGUAACACAAAGUUGCCUGCGUGCCCUCACCCUCUGAUUGGCACCUGUACUUCUCCUUAUUUCUGUGUGUAUUUACAGUCAUAAAUGUGAUACUGUACUGGCAUAUUAAAAAAAAGAAAAGAAAAAAGGUGUUACACAUCUAGUUUAGAUGUGAAUAUUUUUGUAUACAGUGAAAUUCACUAUGUAUUGUAUUUACUACACUUAGAGAUGGAUUAAAUUGGAAUAACUUAAUGAAUGUAUUCAUUAUAAAACUCUAUUUUAAAAGUUCAGAUGUACCAUAGUAAAUAUUUACACUUCUGUUUGUACACUUAUUGAUUUAAGAUUAAAUUCUUGCAAGAUUCUUAUGUGCCUUCACUUGAGGAAGGCUUCACAUGCAUUAAUAACCUGUUCUCCAGAGUUGCUGUGAACUAAACAUUUUCUCAAACUAUCUUGCCUUUGCACAUAGAAAGUCUAUAGAUAUAAAAGAAUGAUGGAUUUAAAAGACAAAUGUCUGAACUGUAUUAGUUGAGAAAGCUAAGAGACUAACAGAAUGAUGUUUAGGAUUAAGAAACAAGGAAAAUGAAUGUGUACAAACAGAAUAGUAUUGUAACUUCAUCAGCAUAAGUCCGGAUUCUUUUUUUAGACAGAUUUUUUUUCUCUUUUAGUUUAUCUGAUGCUCAAUGAUGUAUUUCUAGCUGAUACAUUGUCCCAAUCUUAAUCUGUCUGAAUUUCUAUAACUGCUGAAUGUUAAGUUUCUCAUUUUAUGUUUUUGUUACUGGGUCAUUUGAGAUUUCUUAAUUAAGCUGGAUUUGGACUGAAUUGCAAGGAAAAAAUACACUAACAUUGUAACAGCUGAUGAUGUAUGUAGACUUUGUAUUCCAUUUUUUCAUGGCUUUUCUCUGAUUUUUCUAUUCUCAAACCACUGUAAGCAAAAUGAUCUGUACAAAUGCACUUCUGAGGCUAGUCUGCUUCUUCAGUAACUGCUCUCAGGUAUCUGAAAUAGUUUCAGCUUUGGAGUGGUUUAAGAACUAAUAUGGUUGUAUUUUAUUUUAUUUUUUAAUGUCAGUAGGAGGGGAAAUGGUACUUUUAAGAAAAUUAAUAGGAAAAUGCUUAUUUUUGUAAACUCUUUUAAUAAUGAGCUUUAAUAAUAAGCAACCUCAAGUAAAUUGUGUAGGAGCAUUGCUCAAGACCCUGGAUAUGCAUGUACCUGUCUAGGGCGGUUCCAGAUCUUACUGGUAUUGAGCUAUAGUGAGUGCUAUUUACCUAUUCUUUUUAUGUGUAUUUUUGAGGAAGAAUUUAUGUGGGGUUGGCAUUUUUUAUGUUUCUAGCAUUUACCACAGAAAUUAUGCACUGUGCAUCUGUUUCAAUAGUUGAAAUCCACUUUAGACUGUAAGAGAUUAACAAUGCCAUUGUUCUGUAUACCUCCUCUAGUCUGUUUGAUAGCUGUUCUGGUGCUUUACAGAAGCAUAUGUUUUGUUUCUUAAUGUUUAGUAAUUUUAUUUUCUUGAGGGUGAUAUGAUGGUUUGAAAACCAAAUGAACUGAAAGUCUUAUUACUUCUUCUCAUGAAUGCUGCUGUAAUUUUACUGCCUUCUGAAGUGUCUCAAGACACACGUAUUUUUCUGUUCCUCGUGGCCUGUGCUUUUUCCCCUUGCUUUGUGAAAUUGGUAGUCUCAAAAAAUUUGAGCUUAAUGAAAGUUCCAUAAGAAAUUUGUCUAAAAGGAAUUAAAGCACUUGAAACAAAUAAUUUGCUUGCACUGAAAGCAUGGGUUUUGUACAGCAUUCUCCAGAGAACAAACAGGCUCAUUUUUUUUUUCAUUUUGCUCAUUGUGGUUUGAGAAGUAAGAUUUCCUUUUCCAAAAAAUAAGAGAGGGAACAAUCUUCAUUUUAUGUUUUCCUGUGGCAGCCUGAUCUACCUUUUGUGUCUUCCUCAUAUAUUAAUGUGAAAGGUGCUUUCCAACCUCAUAGCAUUUGAAUUUGUAAACUAAAAAUCUGGUUUUCUGAACGUACCUCUACUCAUCAUCUGUCUUUGGUGAAUAGACGGGCUGGGAUAGUAGGAGAAGCGUGCAAUGAACCAAACUGUAGUUUGGGAGUGUUCUUUUUCUGUCCAUACAAUAUUGUUUAUAACAUCAGGAGGUUGUUCAGUCUUGGUGUUUUUCAUUUAAGAGCAACACUAAGUCAAAGAUAUCAGGUAAGUACAUUAAUAAAGGAUGGGGGAAAAUACCGCAAAUGGAAGAGUUGUUAGCGAUGGUAGAGUAGGUAAUUUCUACGUGUAUGAUGGGCGAAGACUGACGCGUGUCUCACUUGACGCGCAGAAUGGCAAACACAGUGUCAAGCUUGAAAUUUUUUAAUUCUCACUGUACUGUUGUAGGUAAACAACAAUACUCGGAAGUUUCUGGUAAUCUGGAACCUAGUUUAAGUUAAUUUUUUUUAAAUGGGAUUUUUGCCUUUGUAUAUUUUUUCCCCCAUGUAUAGAAUAAAAUAAACAAGAACUACAUUAGUACUUAGGCGCUACUGGAAUAUGAUGAAAAAUAUGUACCAUGCAUUUUACUCAAUUGCAAUUGUUUUGUGAGAUUGAAAUUCAGUCUCUGAAACUAUCUAAUAAAUCACUAUUAUAAACAGACAGAUGUAUGCACAUAAGGCUUUAAAUUGCUGUAGAAUUUUCACAUGCUUGCUUGGAUGAUUGGAAUUAAAGGAAAAAAAUAGUUGUUACUCUAUAUAUACUCUUAUAUAAGAUAUAUAUAUAUCUUCUUUUAUACAUAUAUAUAAAAGAAAUCACUUGGGUUUUGGUGUAAGAGUGUCUUUGGGUGUUAAAAGCAAUGCUUAAGUUGCAUUUUGCAUAAAGAUGUUGGAUCCCUGAAGUUCUGGGAUUUCAUUUGUGAAAUGUUCCUUAGCUUUUAAACCACGACAAACUAUUCAAUAGAUAAGUCUGCUCUUUGGGUAUCAUUAGUGGAAAUGCUGAGAAACUGAUUGCUGUAUGAUGUUAAAUUGUACAAACCUGGCACGUGCUUGGGACAGGUAGCUCGUGUGAAUUCAUGGCAGGUGGAAAACUGCAUUGCAACGAAGGGUUGACUAGAGAUUCCAUCUUUUUCUCCCUGAAAUGUAUCUUGCUUCUAUAUUCUAUUUGCUUGUAGAAUACUAAAAAAGGCUGAGAGCGAAGGUAUAAUCCAUACAUACAUUUCUUCCUUUAGGAACCGCAAAGGUUUCUGAUUAUUGCCGGGAUGCACUGGCAGAAUAUUUGGAAUUAAAAUUAGCACCGCUUUGGAUUUUAGUUGGCCACGUGCUUUUUAAAAUUAAAAAUACUGAAAGUUUUAGUGUGGUAUCAACCAUCUUAGGAUCCCUACUAGAAAGCACUACUCAUAAAUACUGCUUAUUGUGCUUUCUUGAAAGUUCCUGUAGUUGUAUAAGUAACCUAACAAAACUAUCAAAUUAUUCUCAGGAACCAAAGCUUUCUCAUGCUAGUAUUGUUGAUCCUACACAUGGUGCUUUGGAUCUGUUAACUGUUGCCAUAGAAGUACUCAAGAUCCAUAACUCUUGCCGCAGCGAUUGUAUCACGAGAGCAGCAAAUUCUGACAUGCAGUCUCACAGCUGUCAUACCUUUUGUCCUCUAAAACCUGAAAUUCUCCCAUUGGUUUGUGCUGAUGUAGCCCACACCUCUGAAUGCGUCUGCCUGUGGGUGUGGUGCUUUGUCACUGAGCCUCUGAAAAGUUCAUUUGUAAAACAUGUAAUGUCUGUGGAAACUUUGGCCUCUGGGGAGGGAACUUUCUCCAGAGUAGUUACUGGUUGAUGACUUGAGAACAAAGGCUGCAAAUAAAUGAAAUUCCAGUUGCUGCUUCAGCAUUACAUUAGUUUACCCAAAUACUGGAGGGUAUGCAGCCUAAGCUCCUUGCGUUUUAUGUUCUUAUUUUUAACGUCACCAUUAACGAUCACAUGUAGGAAGGGAAGAAGAAAUGUGCCAAUUACUUAUACAAACGUGGAAUGUUUUGUUUUCCCAACUGCUUUGCAAUUGCAAUAGCAAAAGAAUAUUUGACAGCUGUGUACUGGUGUACGUUCAUGAAAUUGCUCCUCUAAAUGUCUGUUUUUCAAAUGAACAAUUAAAUGUGUUGGGUUUUUAAAGAACUUGAUUUAAAUUAUUUUGAAAUUACUGAAUGUUGAAAUUGUGAAUGAUUAAUGAAAUGAAGUUAGUCAAUUGUUCUGUAAUGGAAUUCAACUGAAAUCCAGUGUAUGGAAUUAUACCGUCCCAAGUAUUCUGUGAACUCUUACGGUAAUUCACUUUGAAUGGUGUGGUUCCUCAUUUGCCUAAAUAGAUGGGAGUAGGAAGUAGGGGCUUGUUUUUUUUCCUAGGGCAGGAGGAGACCUGCAGGUCUGUAUUGUAUUAUUUGAAGAGUGGGUUUGUGCGAUCAAACUGUGAGUGUAUUUUUAGGUGUCAAGUCCAUCCUGCUUGCCACUAGGCUGGAAAUUUGGAAGUGCCGCUAUCCAAUUCUAUGCACUCUCAAAUUUUACUGGGCUGUGAGCCACCCACUUCAUGAUACAAUCAGUGCAUCGCUUAAAUGUCAAAUUUAAAUGGGUUUAAAAGUUCUGUAAGCGAGUAGGUAAAAAUGUAAAAAUCUAGCUGUGGGCAAAAUAACAUUAUGUGCUUGUUGGUUUAUUCUUUCAGAAUUCAUACUUUAGUAAACGCUCUAUAUAAAUGUUUCCAUCAGUCACAGGAACAGUAGCUAUUUCUACCUUUAUCACUGGAUACUUCCAAGUGUGAGAUUCACAUUCUUUCAAUUUUGUUGUACAAUUGGUUUUAAUUACCGUAUCCUAAAGCAAUUGCACAAACAAGUAGCUACUGCUCCUGCUAGUUUGUGUUAGUUUACAUAUGGUGAAGUAGAUGCACGACUUGUGUAUGUAUAGAUAAGGCAACAAUUUUCUGUGUAUUAUGGGGACUAGCAAAAUCUACAUCACAAAUUUUGACACAUUACAGCUGAAGGAAGAGGAGCAGCGUACAAGACAAGAUACGUUCUUCAAGGAAAGAUGCUUGUCCGGCAGUUUGCUUCAUGUGAUUGAACUGAGCCUGUAAGGAUUCAUGGAUAAAAUGAACAGGAAUAGAUCUGAAUAAAGCAAAUCUGCAUACAUGGUAACCAGUAGCUCUUUUACUUUUUUUUUUUAAUGUUGCUUAACUGUUUUAUUUGAGGGAAACCUGUGUGAUUUAAACCUUAUAGCUUUUGCAACUUCAUUACUGGUUAUAUACAUUUGGCAAUUAUAAUGUGCGAGCAAUUGGAAAAAAGUCAAGUAAAUGCUUGUUUUUAUAGUAGUUUGUUCAUGUUAAAAUGUUCAUAUGAUAAUGUCUGUACACAGCACCACUUUGAUUACAGUAGAUGUAGUGUUGUAAUAAACUGUUUAAUGGGGCUGAUGUGUAAAGCUGUUCAAGUUAUUUGAUGUUUACACCUCAGGGAAAGUCUUGUGCUCAGCAAUAUUUAAAGAUAAUGUUACAAUGAAAACAUUGAUGCUGUCUUUAAAAACAUCGCAAUAGUUCUUGCAUAUGCCUCAACCUAAUCUUGCAUUCAGUGAGUUGAACUUACUAAUGUUGCUCUCACACGCUCAAUUUUGAUACGAAGACAUGUGGUCACAAAAACCUUUAAUGCUAUUUUGCUUUCUAGCAGUGUUUACCUAGGUGGCUUGUGAACUUGCUCAUUGACGUAUAAAACUGUAAAAACUGCAGCUCUUCGCGUUCUCUUGCUUUGAGGAAGGUGCUCCCAGGUCUCUGAUGGGAGCGCACUGAAAAUGCUCUUUCACACAGUCUUGAUCCUGGUCGACGCUGCCGUUCAUAUCAAACUGUUUGCAUGGUCUUAAACUGUUCAUAUUGAGGGGUGCAAAGGUUAGCUUUAAAUAAUAAUAAUAAUCCUGCAGUUGUUUACAGUUUUAUAGAACCAGUGCUUGUGUGUUUCUCCCUUCCCUCCGCCCUCGAGGCUGCGACAGUCUGUAAAUAGCUGUAUAUUAGAUGUGACAGGAGGAAGGAGAUGUUUCCAUUAUUCAGACUUUAUGGGUUUGAUACUUUCUUAAUGCUUUGGGGUUCAUUCACACGUGCAUAUGAAAGAAACAGAAGGUACACCUGUAUGUCCGUGGCCCACGAUGGGCAAUAUUGAGGUAUCUUUGCAAAAAGCAGCGCUAAUUAAAUCCGUCAAAUGAGGUUUUGUAAAUUUACUUGAAAACAGUUUGCUGGAGCUUAGCGUGGAGGCUGAACUCCGGUUACAAGAAAUUUGUUUGAAAAAUUCAGUAAGAAUAAAUGAAUGGAAAAGAUUAAUUUAAUUUGGAAAAACUCCUUUUCUGGAGGCCUGUUACAAAGGCUCAUUCUUUGUCUGUUGCAAAUCAUUAUGUAACUGAUUUAUUCUUAGUUUUUACUGAUUCACGUAGCGUAGCUGUGCUUAGUGCUUUAAGUUUAUUUUCAAGACCUCAGAUGGCUUUAAGAAGCAACUCUUGGACAGCUCUUCAUUUCUUUCUUUUUUUAUUACUAUUAUUUUUUUUACUGAUUUUUCUUUCUCAGAAGGUUUUACAGCAGACCUAAAAAUCUGUUCUCCUGUUCAGGAAAGCACUUCAAUCCACUUGGUUUUCCAGAGCAUGUGCCUACAUUCUGCCCGUUUCAAGGAAUGUAAACAUAUGCUCUAAGCUAAUUUGUGCGGAGUGAGUGGUUUUGUUGCUUUGCUGAGUCGGGACCAGUAGCAACGUGUACAACUGCAGAAGCUUUGCUUAAGUCUGAAAUGCUCUUAUAUUUUUUAUCACCAACCCUUGGCCGAAUUUUCUGCAGCCAGAUUGAUGCUGUUGGACUGGGCUGCAACCUCCAGACCCUCUUCCCCUCUUUUUCCUUAAAUUAUGUACCUCAAAUCCUCACGCAUGGGAUCGCUGGUGUUAAUGGAACUAUUUGCUACUGAGGAGAUAUUUGCAAUGUUUGCUUGAACCUGUUUCCAAAUGAAAGCUGCCUUUUAAAGUUUUGUAAACUGAAAGUUGUAUCUAAUGAGUCACGACUCAUUUCCUGCUAUUUGUGAAUAGGUGUUGGUUACAAACAAUACUGUUGUAAUUUUAUUUUUUACUUCAAAACAUUGUUUACUGUUGCGUGUAAUAAGUUUAGGGGAAGAAUAACCUGCCUGUAGCUGUCACAUGGGGAAUAGCUCAUGCUGGAGAGACAGCAGGUAAGUAACGUUCCAUUGCAGAACUAUAUUAUAACUCCAGAUAAAAAAUCAAGAACAUUUUAUGCAGGAAUUGAUAUUUUAUUCCGCACUGAAAUAGGUAUAAGGAGACUGUUGCUCUUCUACAGAGCGUAGCUUCUCGUGCAGAUUUCUGUUGCUGGCAAUGGAAAUAGCAGGGGAAAAUUAGCAGGAAGAAGACAACACAGGUUAAACUGAGUGUGUUGUGGCUUAGAAGAAGAGGUCCCCACAUGAAGCCCCUUAUUUCUACCUGUUCUCUGAGUACUGAGUUUGAACUGGUAGGCACACCGUGUCACAAUUUAGAUAGUACUCUUGCUACUGUGAGCUUUGUUAGAUUUUUAUUUUUUUUUUUAAUGGAACAAGUAAUCUGUACAGAAAAAGAUCCAAAGACCCUGAUAGACACCAAAAA